GUGAGGUGGAAAGGUACUUGGAGUUAGUGUCUGAGUACGAGUUGGACGCGAGCCGUAACAACGAAGCCAUCUAUUAAUUCAUAUGCAACAAAUAUUGUCAUUUUCAUCAUAAUCAUCAUAAUCAUUCAUUUAACACAUUAAUAAUUUCUUACACCAGUCAUCAUUCAUUUUUAACUAGGAGGUCCAACUGCCGUCUCCAACUAAUUUAUCCAUUGUAUAUUACGCCAGGCGUGAGGCACACGUGUUGGCUAUGAGCUCUGUGAAGGUAUCAUCGUGUCGGUCGAUGUACACCAGAGAUACUGCCGGUUAUAACGGAGGUGCUAGGGUGAUGAUAAUCGAACCAUGUGGCCAAGAUGGCCACUCAUUGCCCCUUGAUAGUAGAUUACAUAAUACACACAUUUUUAUGAUUUUUGGUGGGAUGCCACAUUUAGUUUAUCUCGAAACAGAUCUGCCGGUUAGGGCCAUUAGAGCCGGUGAAUCACCAUACUGUGCCUCUUGGACCGUAGCGGCCAUUCUGACGAUAAACAGAAAAACGAUUUUCCCGUGCAUCCUGAAGUUAGCCAAAACGUCCUUACCAGGUUCUUGUAGCAUUGUAGCUGAUAAUAAAACAAAUAAAGCACCUAAAGCACCUAAAAUACGACUACAAAGUAGUUUUAUCGACGAGGUCGUUGGAUGUCAUUCUUGACUGGACUAAUUAUUACCAAUUAAUUAUACUCCAGGAUCAUUCGGCAGGGCUGAAUUCUCUCUGGACUCUAUCUAGAAUUCACAAUAUGCGA